CACCGUCGUUACUCAUGGAGUUUUUUAGGUUUGAAGCAAGCAAGUUCCGCAAUGAGUGAACCCAGAUAGAGAGAUAGAUAGUGGCGCAAUCCGGGUUUGGUUUGUCCCCAAAUAACAGAAAAUGACGAUGCUUUCCAAGAUAUCAUCAUCACUGUUACUAUCACUAUCCUCCAAACCCAAACCCAAACCCAUUUGCAACCCCUUUCUGCUUUCUCGUUCAGCCGCCACAAAACAUCAGAAGAAUAAAAAGGAGAACGCAAAAGCAGCGUUGGCGAAGGAGAAGCGCAGAACCCGUUCCGAUAAGCAGUUCAACAGAGACGCAAUAAUCGAGCGUUGCAGAAUAAACGACAUUGACACCGACACCAAGUUCUCUCACGUUCCCGUUAUGCUGGGCGAGGUCUUGGACGUCUUUUCCAACUCCACACUAACCUCCUUCGUCGAUUGCACUCUGGGCGCCGCGGGUCACUCCACCGCCGUUAUUAGGGGCCAUCCAGAGUUGAAGUAUUUGGUGGGGAUGGACGUGGACUCUCUAGCACACGACAUCGCCCAGCCUCGUCUUGAUGCCGUUUUGAACGCUGGUGUCAAAGCGAUUACCGUUUUGAGGAAUUUUAGAGACGUCAAGUCUGUGCUUAGAGAAAUCGCUGAGCUACACUUGUUGGGGGUUGACGCCAUCUUAAUGGACUUGGGAAUGUCAUCUAUGCAGGUGGACGAUCCUGCGAGAGGAUUCAGUGUGCUUGGUGAUGGACCCCUUGAUAUGCGGAUGGAUCCUCAGGCAAGUCUUAAAGCAGAAGACAUAUUAAAUUCCUGGCCAGAUUCUGAAGUGGGCCGUAUCCUAAGAGAGUAUGGGGAAGAAAGUAAUUGGAGAACUCUGCAAAAGAAAAUUGUCAAUGCCCGAUUAUAUGGCGGAUUGCAUUCGACCAGUGACUUACUAGAUCUUAUUCGGCGUGUGACUCCUCCAAUGAAAGGUGGAAGGCAAGGUUGGAUAAAGACGGCAACCCGGGUGUUUCAAGCUCUGAGAAUCGCUGUUAAUGAUGAAUUGAAGACACUUGAGGAUUCUCUCUAUUCUUGUUUUGAUUGCCUUGCACCUGGGGGUAGGCUUGCUGUCAUAUCUUUUCAUAGUCUAGAGGACAGAAUUGUGAAACAGACAUUUCUUAACAUAAUCAAAGGGAGGGAAGAUGUGGAAGAAAGGGAGAGCCUCAACAGUGUUUUGAGGAACACUAGUGAUGAAAUCAAAGAAAAAGAAGCAUGGAUAAAGCAAGUGAUAUAUGGAUCAAAUGGAACAAUUCUCACAAAAAGACCAAUCACGCCAUCAGGAGAAGAAGAAAAAUUGAACCGCCGAAGUAGAAGUGCAAAGCUCAGGGUUAUUCAGAAGCACUGAACAUGAUAAAACAUGACAAAUUGUUGUCUGGUGUAGAGUUUUUAGAAACAUCUGUAUUCAUAAACUUGUCUGUAACUUGGUUAAUCUUUAUAAAAAAAACAAGGUGUUCACAACUCGUUAAAAGAGAAAGGUCAAAAGGGACUUGUGCAUACGGUUGCAAAUUACUUGAUAUCUAUUUUAACUAGUGAUUUCUAGCAAAUUACCAUCUAAAGAUUUGAAUUUUAGUAAGUCAUCUGCUUAGGCUUUAAA